AUGUUCAUCUCGCUGUACGUCACUGUUCUCGUAUCGAUACUUCUUGUUAGCACGGCCAGAGUCACCUACUGCACUCCUACGCGAUCACGUGAUACCCUGAGCGAUGUCUUCGACCUUAACGGUGUAGAAAAAUGGUCUAUUAAACUGCUUGAAAACAUUAAAAAGUCUAGAGUGUUACGUUUCAAUGACUUUGUCAGUAUAGAAACGAUCCGUAACCACACGAAAAAACGAACCCGAGGAGAUGCAAGAUUUUUAGAGAAACUCGAAGACGUCGUGAACACGAAAUCGCUAAACCUAGACCUUGGCCUUGUAGACCUAAAGCUGUUUAGAGAUGCUGGUGUAUUUAACGUCGACUUAAAACUCAACCCACGAGACUCCAGCGGCAAGAAAGAAGAUGGAGGUCAAAUGAUACUCCCACUAUUGAUUGGAUUAAAAACGACGAUGAUUAUUAUCGGGGCGGUGUCAUUAGUUGGAUUACUGACGCUUAAAGCGUUCAUUGUGUCGAAAACCGCAAUUUUGAUAGCGGUUAUCUUGAGUUUGAAAAAGCUCUUUGGCGAUCAUGAAAAAGUAGCAUACGAAGCGGUUUACGAUCAUCACGCCGUUGUCCCAGAUCACCACCAAUACUUUGAUCAUCAUUACGAGCCGGAAAUUUUCAACGGCCAUCCAGAAAUUCCGGAUCAAAAAUUAGUUGGCAUCUACAAUCAGCUAAACGAUGAAAAGCAGAUUUUUCAGGGAAGCAUGGACGUUCCGAAGUAUGAAUUUCUAGCACACGAAGCCGACGUGCUCAAGGGCCAAGACCUCAAUGGACUGUUUGACGGUGGUCUAAAAGAUUACAAGCUCGAAAGUCAUCAGAAAAGGAGAAGCUGGAGUGACACCGGAAAACGAAAACCAUUUAGCCUUGUGAUUGGCAGUCCUCAUCACGAACCGCCAGUCCUUAGUUAUAAAAAAGUUGCAAGAGGGAAGAAUUUGCAAUCGUAG